CACCUGGUGACGCACGGACCCGACCCCCCCCCUCAGACUCCGUCCUGUUGGGACCUUCCUGUAAAGACUGGAUAAAAGUCUCCCAAGGUCAUCUAAUUCCAACUUAGCAAUAAUAGAACCUGGCAUAAUCUGGGUGAGAUGUCUGCAAAUUCUGAAUAUGGGAAGGAUUUUGAAAAUAAUGCUAAUCUUUCUGUGCACAAUGAAAUUCAGAAAGCUGAACGGUCAUGUUCUGAAAGAGAGAAAACUUUUAAUGUGCUAUCAAGUGUUGCUGAAAUUCUGACAAAUGACACAGGAGAAAAGCCAUAUUCAUGUUCAGAAUGUGGAAAGUUUUUUCGUAAGAAAUCACAUCUUGUUGAACAUCAGAAAACUCACACAGGAGAGAAGCCAUUUUCAUGUUCGGAAUGUGGAAAGAGGUUUAGGAAUCAACAUUGUCUUAAGAUACACCUGGGAACUCAUACUGGGGUGCAGCAAUAUUCAUGUUCAGAAUGUGGGAAAUGUUCUAGUGAUAAAUCAAGUUUUGUGAUACAUCAGAGAAUUCAUACAGGAGAGAAUCCAUAUUCAUGUACAGAAUGUGGAAAGUGUUUUCGUCAGAAAGCACAUCUUGUGAGACAUCAGAAAACUCACACAGGGGUGAAGCCAUUUUCAUGUUUAGAAUGUGGGAAAUGUUUUAUUCGGAAAUCACAUCUUGUUGAACAUCAGAAAACUCACACAGGAGAGAAGCCAUUUUCAUGUUCGGAAUGUGGGAAAUGUUUUAGAAACAAAUCAAUUCUUGAGGUACAUCAGAGAAUUCACACCGGGGUUAAGCCAUUUUCAUGCCCUGAAUGUGGGAAAAAUUUUAUUCGGAAAUCAGAUCUUGAGAUACAUCUGAAAAUGCACACCGGGGAGAAGCCAUUUCCAUGUCCUGAAUGUGAAAAGUGUUUUAAUUCGAAAGCACAGCUUGAUAAACAUCUGAGAACUCACACAGGAGAGAAGCCAUAUUUGUGUCCUGAAUGUGAGAAAUGUUUUAGUAAUAAAUCAAGUCUUGUGCAACAUCAGAGAAUUCACACAGGAGAGAAGCCAUAUUCGUGUCCCGAAUGUGAGAAAUGUUUUAGUAAUAAAUCAAGUCUUGUGCAACAUCAGAGAAUUCAUACAGGAGAGAAGCCAUAUUCAUGUCAUGAAUGUGGGAAAUAG